GAGCUGCCUUUCAGUGCCAACUAUCAGUGCCGCCAAUCAGUGGCACCUAUCAGUGCUGUUCAGUGCCACAUAUCAGUGCCAGUCAGUGCUGCCUAUCAGUGUUUGUCAGUGCCGCCUAUCUGUGCCCAUCAGUGCCACCUAACAGUUCCAAUCAGUGCCAUACCAGUCAGUGCCGCCGCCUAUCAGUGCCCAUCAGUGCCACCUAUCAGUGCCAUAUAUGAGUGCUGCCUUUCAGUGCCCAUCAGUGAUGCCUGUCAAUGUCCACCAGUGAUG